AUGAGUAACUUAUCUAACUGGACCAAUGGCAUAGAAGGUGAGGGAGACCAAGGAAAUAUGAAGGACACUAAGAAGGAUCUACCAGCCGGAGACCCUACAUAUGAAUGCAAAAUGAAAGAGCUGCAGACAUUGGGAUGUUACAGUGAGGUUACUAAUCUGGGGGAAGCGGCUAGUUCAUAUAUGCAAACCAGUGAACACGGAUCUGCGGAAGAAUCUACCAACUCGAAUGUUAGCCUGGUAAAGGAAGGACACAUGUGUGAACAAGUGAGUGCAAACAAUGACAUUCGCCUUGAGGGGCACGACUCGUGUGUCAAUACUUUGUCGAACUCGGCGUUGAGAGGGAUGGAAGUCCCUCCCCAAAAUGUUGAACGAGAUCAGGGUGACGCAGGUACCCUUGCGGGAGGAAGUGAUCAAUCAAAUGACUACCAAAGUGGACCUAUGAAUGACCACCCGGGUAACCACACAAAUGAUCGCGGAGCUAACCAGGGCGAAGCCGCACCCCCCGUGGAAGACAAGCAACCCUUCGAAGUGAACAAAAACAAUUUGCACGUCGGACAAAUCGAAGAGGAGCAAGCGGAUGGAUGUGUCAAAUGGACCCCCCAAGAAGAGCAUAGCAAAAUAACAAAGGAAAUUACUCAACCCGCGUGGGGAGAAAAUGACCAUUCAGAAAGAAGUCAUUCGAACGAUGUCAAUGAUUAUACACUUUUUGGACAACGAGAGAGGGAAGCAGUAGAGGUGGAAUGUAUGAGGAAUGUACCUAUCGAAGGUGAAGCGUUCCCAGGGGAGGACCCACGUGGUGAUUACUGCGAUGCUGAUAGGGAAAUUUUAUCGCCCAUUCAGGAGGAGCCAAACGUACUGAUCAGUUCGGAUAAUCAGUACGAACCUGCUCAGGUAAAUACAUUCAGCAGUAACUCCAAGCAAACACACGGAGAAGGCGAGGAAGUCAGACCCUCUUCUGAAAAUAACUCGAAUGAUGGGAUCGCGAACAAAUUAACAAUCGCAUCAGCCGAGGAGGAAAAAAAAAAAGAGGAAAAUUUUAACAUACAGGAGAAGCAAAAUGGAAAAUAUAAGAAUAAUGACGAGGUGAUAGAGAAGGAAAAUGGGCCAAGAGUUAGCGCCCCCUCCGAUGAGGCAAUAAAUUGUGGUAGUCUAGGCACUGAUGCCAGUAGAAGUAGUGACAGCAUGGGAAGCAGCGAAGGAGCUGCGAACCAAAUCGAAGUGAAUAGUCAAAAAUGGGCCAAUCGUGAAAUAACCCAAAAUGAAUACAAAAAAAAAAGAGACAUUACAGAGGUAGGCGAUGAUUCCCUUUUAAGUAACGCCAAAAAAAAAAUUAAUUUUUCUAGCCCCGUUAAUAAUGCCUUAAUGUGUAACCACCAGGGGGGUGAAAACUGUGAUGCUAACGAAUUUGAGGGAAGUAAAAUGAGUAGUCCCCCGUGCGAUGCACUAGGGUUUAAUGCGGUAAAGGUCGAUGUGGUAGGGGCCAACAAGCCAAAUAUAAAUGCAUGCGCACCCAUGCCAUCUAGCGAAUUGAUAGCUGCACACGCAACGGAAGGUGUGCCCCGUGAGCAAGCCACUACAGGAAGGGAAACACCAAGCGAUGUUUUACAGCCAUGCGAUAUUGCCCUUCCACCAAACGGGAUCGUGCAUGCAAACGCCCCACCGAACGUGUGUACUACUCCUAACGCACCAGAAAAUACAUGUGAUGAAAUUCACGACCUGGCAAGAAUAGGAAAUGCUAACAUAAUGCCUACCUCGGUGUAUUCCAAAAUGGACGCUAUUCCUCCAGAAACGCAUGCAGAAAGUGGAAUAUCCCCACCGGAUGAGGUCACACAUGCGCAUGCACCAGUGAAAAAAUUGCAAUGGACACAUUUCGAUGUGUGUAACGCUGAAGGGGAAUUGCCGAGGGGGGAAAAAAACGGAAAAGAUGGAAAAGAUGAAACAAACAUAAGUAGAAGCGCAAAUGAAAAAAAAUUAAGCAGCCAUACAAUUGUAAGCAACCUUGAAAUAGAAAAUAAAACAGAGCCCAAAAUAGGUGUAGAACAGGAAAUAGCUGUGGAACACGAAGUAGGUGUACAGCGUGAAAUAAGUGGAAAGUGUGAAAAAAGGGCGGAAAACUUUAAAAGCGAAAAAAUCGCGUCCAGUGAGAAAAAUUCCAAAGGUCAAAAAGGCACACCAAGAGUGGAAACCACGCAAGUCGCACUUCACACACCGAUGGAGGAAACCGCGCACGCGCCAAACCCCGCAGGCAGUUCUUCCCCCGAUAUAAGCAGCAUGAGCUUCAACGAGGUGCCGCUGGGAAACCUGAACCAGGGCCUGAGCAAUAAGCAGAUGCAGAGGCAAAACUCGAAGCAGUUCCCAUCCGACACCCAACCUUUCGCCAUAGACCAAGGGACAAACACCUUUUCCACAAACCACCGCAGCAGUGUCGAACCGGUAGGAGAGAACAACUUGCAGAAGGAUCCCCCUAUGAAAAAUCUAAAAAACGGCGCCACCAUAAAUGAUCACGUAGACAUGUGCACAUUAGGAUCAGAGGACCAAGGAGAAGAGCUUAUGGGACACCUAUCCUAUGGAACGAAUGGACUUAUCGAUGAUGACCUGGCAAGGGAGCUUCCUUUGACAAGUCCCAAAACAGCGGAUGUGGCAAACGCCCAUCAGAGCGGAACUAGUCUACGUAGUGAAAGCGACCUAAACGGCGUGAGCGAUCAGGGAGCUGCCGUCUUCAUGAACGUCGAGCAGCUGGAAAAUUACCUGAAUGAGCAAAUCAGGACGAACAAUCCGGUUCAUAGGGAACUUCCACUUGACACCAUCCCCAGACAAAUAAUUAAAAAAAAAACAAGUGAAGACACCACCAUUCAGGACAAUGAAAACGACCACAUGGAAUAUAGGAACAACGAAAUGGUGAUGAGAAAAAUUAGUCAAGAUACGAUCGUUAAUGAUGUGAUCGAAGAAGGUAACAUGUCCAUGGAAAGGAACAAAGAAAUGAUUUUUAAAAAAAUUACCGAAGAGGUAGCCAUCAGUAGUAUGCAUAAGCCAAACGGUGGUCACGUGAGUAGCGAUCGCAUGGUGAAAAAUGUAAAUCUAGACACCACCAUGAGAUGCAUGCAAAGUGGCAAUAUCGGAACUGUUGGUAAGGACAUUAUCCUGAACAAGCUGAGUGAGCACGAAUCCGUGGGAGAAUUGCUUAGCGGCAUGCACCACGUGGACGACUCGAACGAAGAGAGCACGCGUGACGAUCUGUACCACCACCAGCACGUCCUAUACAACCAAAACAAUCAGAUGAAUGGUCGCAAUUUUAAGGAAGAAAUAAACCCGCAAAACAUGAUGAAUUUCCACGAUCAGCGAAAUCUAAUUAGCUGUGCACAUAACGAUACCCUGGGGAAUCAGUGCGAGGUAAACGGCGCAUAUAACAACGGCCUGAACAACCACACUAUGCGCAACAACACCAAAGAAGUAGACACCUGCAGUAACGUAGAUUUCACAGACGAUAAAUACAGCCAAUGGUUCGACACAAUCUACACAGUGUGCGUAAAGUUGGACGACCUCUGUUGUAAGUUGAACUCGGAUUAUCCUCACUCCAUGAACAUAUGGGAAAGUAAUGGCAACCCGAAUGUGUACGAUUUGAAAAGUGCAUUUCAGAACAGCAACAAUUUGAAAAUGUUUUCGCAGAAUAAUCAAGUGGACAAAGUUUCUGCUCCUCUCCCUGCAACUGUUCCACCGAGUAUUUAUAACGACCUAAACAGCAGUGACAGCAGUGGCAAUAGCAACUACAGGUAUGCAGUUACCCAGGUGAGCAACCACAACGAAGGACCGAUGAAAAGGCAUGACCACUUUGCCCAGGAUAACUUCGAAAAUGGUCUCUCUGCACAUGUAAAAAAUAAUUGCAAAGACGGUAGAUCCAUAUACGGAAUGAAUAACAUAAACAGCAACAAUCAAUACGUCAAAGAUUUGGCCCACGUCUACUCAUCUUGUGAUGAUCAUUUAAGGAGGAUCCAAACGAAAGGUGAAAAUGGAAAAGGUGGCAGGAAAAUACAACAUGAGUAUGCUCUCCAGAGGGAAAUGUACAACCAUGGAAAUAGCAACACCGUGCAAGAUAGUACCCACCUUUAUGACAGAGAAAAAAACGGCAUGAAAACAAACAUCGCAGUCUUACCUGGUGCGCUUUCGAAGGACGCCCUGGAAUUGCUCCACGCGUAUGGCAAAGUCGAACUGUAUAAUGCGCUUCCCCAGUAUAAAGGACACGGUGAUGGUACAGACCGGGCAAACCAUACCAACUGUGGCCACCGCAGCGCCACCCCCUUCAGUAACGGCAUCCCCAACGUUAUAAACAACAGCAGUAUGGAUACACACCCCCGAAACGGAGACCCUCUAUCCAUGGCCAAAUUUCCAAACGCAAAGGAAUUCAUGCAAUACGUGAAAAAUGAAAACAAUGACGGAUCCCUAAACGCAAAUAACACAUCAGCAAACACCACCAAGAGAAAAAAAGGAAGCAAAAGAAAUACAACCAGUAACAACAAAAGUGUGGAAAAAAAAAAUAUAAAAAAAUAUGGAACGGUCAAUAGAACCAAUGCCAAAAUUAUAAAAAAUGAAAGCGAAUUUGAGUACCUGUUAGAGUUAUCCGAUAAAGAAGGGCCUAACUUGGAGAACCCCGAUGAUCUCAAAUGUGAUGUUGCAGGAGUUUAUUGGGACAAGAGAAGCUGGAUUGCCUCCUGGUACGACAACGGCAAGCGUUACUAUAAAUCCUUCUCUGCAAAGACACAUGGUUUUUAUAAGUCUAAAUUCUGGGCAAUCAAAGUUAGACUUUCCAAAGUUAAAGGCCAAACAAUAUUUGGGAAGAAUUGCCGCAAGAAUAAGGACGCGGAGGGGAGUAACGGUGUCCAUAACAACCUCACCUUUAACAGCUCCAUUGUAAGUGAGAACAAUAACGUACUUCUUGGGAAUAUCUAG